CGGACAGUAAUACCCCACAUUGUUAUACCUUACAUAUCCCAGCACACUUCCCACCCCCGAGAACGCAUCAUGCCCGGGGAUACGAUCCAGAAAUCGCCCAGGACGAGCCGGGAGAAGGCCGAGAAAAAGAGGAAGGACGAGGAGAAGGCGGCGUACGAGCAGAAGUGCGUGAGCGAUUUCGAAAGGAUUCAAAGGAUCGACUCGAUGCCCCGCCACGGCGACACCUUCUGGCGGACGGACACCCGGAUGUCGGCGGCCAAGCUGAAUGGUCUGUGGAUGCUGAAUAACUGCAACUACAACAAGGGACUGGCCUUUACACUGAACGAAAGACGAGUGCUGUCGAUCCACGGCCUGCUGCCGGUGGCGGUGCGAACCAUCGAGGAGCAGGUGAUGGCCUGUGCCCAGACCAUCGAAUCCUUCAGCACCCACAUGCAGCGCUACAUGUACCUGACUUUCCUGUCCCGUCGAAAUAGACGGCUGUUCUACUACCUGCUGCUCAGCAAUCCCGAUCGCUAUGUCCCACUCACCGAUGCCAAUGGGUCGCUGGAGGCCCUGCAAAUCCACCGCUUGCUGCACGCGGUGGGCCACGGCCUGUUCAUCUGCAUCAAGGACCUGGGUCACAUUCCCCAGAUCCUGGCCAAUUGGCCGACCCGCCUGGUUCGCUGCCUGCUGGUGAGCAAUGGGGCUUCUGUUUUGAGCCUGGGCGACCUGGGUGUCGACCAGAUGCCCGUGCUCCUUUCGAAUAUCCACCACAGCGUGGUCUUUGGCGGCAUCCAUCCGGAUCACUGCUUGGCCGUCAUGCUGGAUGUGGGCACCAACAACGAGCAGCUGUGGCAGGAUGCGGCCUACACGGGUCUCAAGGAGCCCCGGGCCUCGGACGAGCUGUACGAGAAGUUCUUCGAGGAGUUCACCCUGGCGGUCAUUCAGCAGUACGGCUCCCACGCCCUCAUCCUCUGCAAGGACUUUGAGGCCCAUAGGGCCAAGAGGCAGGUCGAACUCUACCGUGCUCGCCAGUGCAUCGUGGACGUGGACUUCCAGUGCCUGGCUGCCGUGGCCUUGGCCGGAGUGAUUGUGUGCAAUCGCCUGAAGAGGGUCUUCUUCUCGGCCAACACUUUUCUGUUCUACGGCGGCGAUGCCAUCAACAUUGGCAUGGCUAGACUUUGCAUGGCCCUGCUGAAGAGGGAGGGCAUCAUCGAGAUGAAGGCCCGCGAGCGAAUUUGGUUCUUCGAUGCCAAGGGAUUGGUGGUGAUGAACAGGCCGGAUAUUCCGGAGGAGCUGCUGGAAUUCGCCAAUCCUCGAGAGCCCAUCGCCGGCCUGGUGGAGGCUAUUCAGGAACUGAAGCCCAACGUACUGGUGGGUGGAUCCUCGCAGCCGAAAAGCUUCACGCCAGAUGUCCUGCGGGCCAUGGAGAAGAGCUCCGAUCAGCCGGUGAUCUUCGCCUUGUCGCGACCCCGCGAACAGGCCGAGUGUUCGGCGGAGGAUGCCUUUUCCUAUACGAAGGGCCGCUGCAUCUUCAUCUCGGGCUCGAAGCUGCCGCCGCUGAAGUACGCCAACAGGUGGUAUCAGCCGGGUCACUGCACCAGCAGCUACUUGGUGGCCGGCCUGAGCUGCGGCGUCAUGCUGGCCGGCUUUACCACCAUUCCGGACGAGGCCUUCUGCGUGGCCGCCGAGCGAUUGGCCAGCCUCGUCUGGCCCUGCGACCUGGAAAAGCGGAACGUCUACCCGCCGAUGCGGAAGAUUCAGUGCAUCAGCCUGCAGAUGGCCGAGGCCAUCUUCACGUACGCCUUUCGACGCGGCCUGGCCACCCUGUGGCCGCAGCCCGAGAAUCCCAUGGAGUUCAUCAAGGCCUCCAUGUACACCGCCGAGUACCGCAUGAAUAUCGUCGACGUUUACUGCAUGCAGAACCGCAGUAUCGCCACCACCGAAUCCCGCAAAUACUACACGCUUAACAUCUAGGACCUGUACUUACUUAGGGACCAUUAUUAAAACGAAGUGAAC